UUGGACGUAAUGAGUUUGAACGAGUGUCUAAAAAGUCAGAUCUGUUCUCACAGUCAGAGACUUUCAGGAUCAUUUAAACCUUAAAUUUAAUCUCAUGUAGUCAGGAUUUAAACUCAGGUUCAGUUAUUUCAAUAAAACCAUCCUGAGACAUUUAGAACAAUCGAAGCGUCGGAGUUGAAGAACACGGAAAUGUCUGCUGUGACUGCGUCGCUCUGCUCGACUUUGCUGUUUGUCGGCCUCUUCGUGUUUGUCUCUGCAGACCAGAAAAACAUCACAGCUGAGUGUGGACAGGACAUCACUCUGCCAUGUCGUGCACCAAACAACAACAUCAGAGCUGUAGAGUGGAGCAGAGCUGACCUGAAGUUAGAGCAUGUCCUCUUGUACCGGGAUGAUCAGUUUGUUAAAAGACAACAGCAUCCAUCUUUUAAGAACCGGGUGGAUCUGCAGGACAGACAGAUGAAGGAUGGAGACGUGUCACUGAUUCUGAAGAAUGUGAUGACUGCUGAUAAUGGAACAUACAAGUGUCUUGUCGUGCAGAGAGACAAUUUGAAGCUCAUCAGCAUCAUCAGCCUGAGUGUUGAUCCUCCAGGUCAGACAGGAGGACACACAGAGGAUGGAGGGAAGGAGGCAGGAGGAGAGAAGAGUGGAUCUGUUGGACUGAUUGUUGGUCUGUUAGUUCCUGUUGUGCUUCUUAUUGUUGCUGUUUUGAUCUACAGAAAAUGCAAGAAGGUUACAAAGCAUGUCGCCGAACUGUGAGUCUUGUUAUGCUUUUCUAAAUUCAGUGUCACUGAAAUGAAGAAGGAUGAUUUUAAGACAAAGAAACUAAUGAAUCUGAACUUCAAUCAGACAUCAAACGCGUCCAGAUUUUGUUUUGAUUUGAAAUGUCUAAUUUCUGACCUGCUGUCCUGUUACAUCAACUCAUGAUUUUACUACAGUAUUAGAAUCGGUGACUGUAUUUAUUUUAACUUUCAGGUUAGCCUCAUAUUUCAGUGUAAGAGGUUCAAUUCACAAAAAAGAUUUUUCCAUUUCUGCCUCAACCAUGUGUUGAACUUCCAGGAGGUCAUAUUAUCAAAAAAAGACAUAUUAGAAAAUCUAUGAAUAAGAUUUUUUUUUUCUCAGUGAACUCAUUUCAAACAAAAAAAGUAUCACUGAUGUCAGCAGAAAUCACAAACAAUAAUUUGUUUGUUUCCACUCAUUAUUCAUCAGUGCAGUGUCUCGUAUGUUACAGUAUCAGAAUCAGUGAAUGUGUUUUAUCUUCAGGUUCAGCUGUUUGUAGAUCAAACUUGUUCUGUGAGUUCAACACAAAUUAAUCCUCAUGCAGGGAUCAGCUGUUACAGAAAAUCAACAGUCUGCCUGACAGUGUUCAUUAUCGAUCAAUCAGCAACA